AUGUGGCCCUUUUCACAACCAAACUGGAAGUCUAUCGCGGCCUCCAAGCAACAAACUCGUCAAGAGCUCGUUGACGAGGCCCUCACGACUCUGGCUACAACGAGUGCGGAUUCUUCAACCGACCAAUACACACGUGCUUCGGCGUCGGAGAUUGUGAAGAACAUUGAAUCAGGCCAAUGGACUGCAUCCGAUGUGAUGGAGGCAUAUAUCAUCAGGGCUGGAACCGUCCAAAGGUUGCAUAAUCCAAUUACAGAAGUCCUCUUCUCAGACGCAUUGACGCGUGCCAAGGCACUGGACGAGGAAUUUCAGAAGAGCGGCACGAUUGUCGGUCCUCUCCAUGGUGUUCCAAUCAGUAUCAAGGAUCAAUACGACAUCGAAGGCCAUGAUUCUAGCAUCGGCUUCUCCGCCUGGUGCAACUCUCCCAAACGCUCUGAUGCAGCCGUCGUUGAGGCUGUACGGCGUGCAGGUGGUAUCGUCAUCUGCAAAACCAAUGUCCCACAGACCAUGCUCAACUUUGAGUGUUCGAAUCCGGUAUGGGGUGUGACAAGCAAUCCCUGGAACGACCAGUACACCUGUGGAGGGAGUUCGGGAGGAGAGGGUGCUAUGCUUGCAGCCGAUGCAUCCGCACUUGGAGUCGGUUCGGAUGUAGGAGGGAGCUUGCGUAUCCCAGCCUUAUACUGUGGCGUCUACUCCCUCAAGCCAGGCGCGGGGCGGAUCAGUCGACGAGGCGCGUGCUCGUCUAACCCUGGUUUCGACGCAAUCCCCGUGACACCAGGGCCAAUGGGGCGGACUGUUGCGGACGUUAAACUCCUUUCCCGGGUGUUGUUCAACUGCACCCCCGCGAAUACCUAUGAAGGCAUCGCACCCGUCCCAUUCAGAGAUGUCCAGGUACCAAAGAAGCUGAAAAUUGGCUACUACUUUGAAGACAAAUUUGUGCGCACCUCACCAGCGAAUAGACGAGCAGUGCAGGAGACGGUGGAUGCGCUUCGACUGGCUGGUCACGAACUUGUUGAGUUUGACCUACCAUUUGGACCCAGGUCGAUUCAAAUCUUUGUGUCUCUGACUUCAGGGGACGGCUACCGUACACUACGAUCACCAAGUGGUAGCGAUCCUAUUGAGAAGAACCUCUUUCUCAUUACCCUCGGGCCCAGCCUCUACUCAUGGGUCCGCACCACUGCUGCGUGGGUAGUGAGAAACAUCCUGGGCGACAGGCUUUUCGCAGACACGUUUGCUCGCUCCAAGCCUUCCAACGUUGGCGAAUACUGGUCUUACAAUGCUCAGAAGAACCAAAUGAUCCGAGAGUUUUACGAAGAGGUGUGGGACAGAUAUCAAUUUGAUGCCAUCAUUGCACCUGGGAUGGUGGCACCCGCCCUCCCGCAUGGAGGCACAACAAGACUGUCGCCUCUUGCAAACGGCACGUUUUUCUACAACGUUGUUGACUCGCCUGUGGGGAUUGUUCCCGUGACGAGAGUAGAUCCCACAAAGGACGCCCUCCCUAGCGAUUGGCACGCAACGAGUAAUGGCAUUGGAUCGCUCAUUCUCAACGAUCUCGUCUAUGGUGCGCCAGGAGUCACUGGCAUUUAUGAUGUGAACAAGAUGAAAGGCCUCCCAGUCGGCGUUCAGGUGGUAGGCCGGCAUUGGGAAGACGAACGAAUACUGGAGAUCAUGGACAUUGUUGACAAGGUUCUGCCGAAGAGGAACUUUGGCCCCGGUAGCUGGUCUCCUCCACAAACGGAGAAAUAG